UGGCUGGUGUAAAUAAUAGUUGGCUUCUCAAAUAAUCACAUUUGAGCAUGAGGGAAACUGGGGGAAGGCCCUGGAGUAUUAUGACUUGCUAGUGCAAUCAGAUGCCUCUGUACAGAAGGAUGUUAGUUCAAGAAGUCUGUCAUUGGAACAAAGAGGAACAUCAAAUCGUUCAUCUUUUGCCUCAGAGGAUGAGAUGACCCAGAGUAGACCUUACAAAGGGUUGAUUAGAUCACUACAGCAGAUUGGCUGUACACAUGUGCUUGAUAUGUAUUGUCGAGGCUUGACAUCAAGCAACGACCAACUUCAGCACGAUUUAGAGUUUGCUGAAUUGCAAUAUGAGUCUGCCUGGCGUGCUGGGAACUGGGAUUUCUCUUUACCAUGUGUAGGAACUAAUUUUCUUCCAUCUCCAAAUAUCAAAUGUGAUCAUUUCAAUGAAAAUUUGCACAGUUGUUUAAGGGCACUUCAGGAGGGUGAUUUGAGUGAUUUCCAGAGAAAACUGAGAGAUUCAAAGCAGGAGCUUGUGUGGUCUGUCUCUCAUGCAAGUGAGGAGAGCACUGAGUACAUUUACCUGACUAUCAUUAAACUCCAGAUGCUUUAUCAUCUUGGCAUGGCUUGGGAUUUACGUUGGAGAACUUGUCAAGAUAAUAGCACCAAGUUUUGUCUGCUGAAACAAAAUGUUUCUCCUGAGCCUGUGAUUCCUUCCAUUGACCAGUUGUCAUGGCUAGAUAUGGAGUGGUGCUCAAUUUUGCAAAGGACACAGUUACAUAUGAAUUUGCUAGAACCAUUUAUAGCAUUUCGACGAGUUCUACAUCAAAUUUUAAGUUCUAGAGAUUGUAUGCUGCAACAUCUUCUGAAGUCUGCAACCACACUUCGUAAGGGAUGUAGGUUCUCUCAAGCAGCUGCUGCUUUGCAUGAGUUUAAACUCCUUUCUGUUGAAACCAAAGGGCAAUGCUCAUCCUUAUAUUGGCUUGGAAGGCUUGAAGAAGCAAAACUUUUCCGUGCUCAAGGUCAAAAUGUGAUGGCUAUCAACCUUGCAAUGUAUAUAUCAGAAAAUCAUUACUCUAAUCAGGAGGCUUCAGAUGUAUAUCGGCUGAUUGGGAAGUGGCUGGCAGAAACCAGAUCUAGCAACUCAAGAACAAUUUUGGAAAAGUAUUUGAAACCUGCAGUCUCUAUUACUGAGGAUGUGAAUGCUACAGCUAAGAAUGCCAUCAAAAGGCAAUGUCAGACUCAUUUUCAUCUUGCACACUAUGCUGAUGCUCUAUUUAAAAGCCACGAGGAAAGACUUAACUCUAAUGAAUGGCUAGCAGCAAUGCGUUUAAGAAAGCAUAAGACUGUGGAGUUGGAAGCACUUAUAAAAAGGUUACGGAGUUCCACAAAGAUGGAGAAAACUGACUACUCAAUGAAAAUCCAAGAACUGCAAAAGCAAGUAGCAAUGGACAAGGAAGAAGCACAAAAAUUACAGGAUGACCGUGACAAUUUUCUUAGCCUGGCACUCGAGGGAUAUAAACGUUGUUUAGUCAUAGGCGACAAGUAUGAUGUGAGAGUGGUGUUUCGAAUUGUUUCUUUGUGGUUCAGUCUUUCUUCACAAAAAGAUAUUGUAAAUAACAUGCUGAGCACAAUUGAUGAGGUCCAAUCUUUCAAAUUUAUACCCUUAGUAUACCAAAUUGCCUCUAGAAUGGGUAGCUCAAAGGAUGGUCAGGGACAACUCAAUUUCCAGUUUGCAUUAGUUUCACUUGUGAAGAAAAUGGCCAUUGAUCAUCCAUACCAUACAAUACUUCAACUCCUGGCACUGGCAAACGGAGACCGUAUCAAGGACAAACAGCGUAGUAGAAGUUCAUUUGUGGUUGAUAUGGACAAAAAACUUGCAGCAGAAAACCUUCUGAAUGAGUUGUCCUCUUAUCAUGGAGCUAUCAUACGACAAAUGAAACAAAUGGUGGAGAUUUAUGUCAGACUUGCUGAGAUGGAAACAAAGAGAGAGGAUACCAAUAAAAAGGUUACACUACCAAGGGACCUGCGUAACCUCCCAGUGCUAGAACUUGUACCUGUAGUGACAGCUACAAUUUCAGUCGAUCAUAGUUGUCAGUAUCAUGAAGGCACUUUUCCAUACUUCAAAGGAUUAGCCGAUUCAGUUAUGAUAAUGAAUGGUAUAAAUGCCCCGAAAGUGGUUGAAUGCUUGGGUUCUGAUGGCCACAGAUAUCGGCAACUUGCAAAAUCUGGAAAUGAUGAUCUAAGACAGGAUGCUGUAAUGGAACAAUUCUUUGGUUUGGUUAACACAUUCCUGAGGAACCAUCAAGAUACAUGGAAAAGAAGGCUAGGAGUACGCACCUACAAGGUUGUUCCUUUUACACCGAGUGCUGGUGUUCUUGAGUGGGUUAAUGGAACUCUUCCUCUCGGCGAAUACCUUAUAGGGAGCAUGAGAAAUGGAGGUGCCCAUGGUCGCUAUGGAAUAGGAGAUUGGUCAUUCCUUAAAUGCCGAGAGCACAUGGCAAAUGAGAGGGACAAGCGCAAAGCAUUCCAACAAGUUUGCAAUAAUUUCAGGCCUGUUAUGCAUUACUUUUUCUUGGAGAGAUUUUUACAGCCAGCUGAGUGGUUUGAAAAGAGACUUGCUUAUACCCGAAGUGUUGCUGCUAGUUCUAUGGUUGGUUAUAUUGUUGGUCUUGGAGAUCGACAUUCGAUGAAUAUUUUAAUUGAUCAGGCCACUGCAGAGGUUGUUCACAUAGAUCUUGGUGUUGCUUUUGAACAAGGUUUGAUGCUUAAGACCCCAGAAAGGGUUCCAUUUAGGCUUACAAGGGACAUAAUUGAUGGAAUGGGUGUAACUGGAGUAGAGGGGGUUUUCCGAAGAUGUUGUGAGGAAACACUCUCUGUUAUGCGGACAAACAAAGAAGCAUUAUUGACGAUUGUAGAAGUUUUUAUCCACGAUCCUCUUUAUAAGUGGGCUUUAUCUCCUCUGAAAGCUUUGCAGCGUCAAAAGGAAAUGGAUGAUGAUUUGGAUACAAGUUUGGAGGAACCACAAAAUGAUUACCAAGGAAAUAAGGAUGCUGCACGUGCACUUUUACGUGUCAAGCAAAAGCUAGAUGGGUAUGAAGAUGGCGAAAUGCGAAGCAUCCAUGGGCAGGUACAACAACUCAUCCAAGAUGCAAUUGAUCCCGAGCGAUUGUGUCAAAUGUUUCCGGGUUGGGGAGCUUGGCUAUAAUUGGCACCCUUGUUCAUUGUCCAACUUGAAAGUUGAAACUGCAUGAUCUUGUAUAGGCGGCGUUUAUCUUCAUUGGUUUCUUCUUCCUCAAUUUGUAUAGUAUAAUCUGUUUUUUUUCAUUUAUUUUAUAAUUUUUUGGUUUCUUGUAUUAUAUUUCUUUUUUGAAAUUUAGUUUUCUUAGUUGUAAAUUAGCUUUAUGUUAAAGGAUGCAAAUGACUUCCCUUA